ACGACCGCUGUUGACAAACAGAACAGAGACCCUGCUUAUCCCAAACAGAACAAACUCUUGCUUCUGAUUUUCCCUUUCUUGCUAACAAAAAGUAGUAGAAGGAGAAGAAUGGCCGAGGCUGUUGUUUCUGUGGCUGUUCAAAGAAUUGCUGAUUUGCUCAUACAAGAAUCAGUUUUUCUACAUGGUAUGCAUGAUGAAGUUGAGCGGUUGCAAGCUGAACUCAAGCGGAUGCAGUGCCUCUUGAAAGAAGCAGACCGUCGUCAAGAUCAAGAUGAGCGCGUUCGCAACUGGGUAACUGAAAUCAGAGACCUCUCUUAUGAUGCUGAGGAUGUCAUCGAUGCCUUUCUUCUUAAAGUUGCAAGGGUCAGAGGAGAAGGUGUACGUGGAUUCAUUAAGAGGGUUUCCUUCAAGUUCACUAAGGCUUUUCAUCUCCAUGAAAUAGGAACCCAGAUCUCAUCUAUCCGAGCUAAGAUUGGGGAUAUAUCCACAAGUAUGCAGACUUACGGUGUCAAACUUGUUGAGGGAGAGGGGCCUAGUUAUGGGAAUGAGAAACAACAACGAUAUAGAAGAUCGUUUCCACAUGCUGAGGAAGGGUUUCUCAUUAGCUUGGAUGCUGCAAUUAGCGAUCUUAAAGCUCAAUUGAUGAUGAAGGAAGAGCGAAUGCGUGUUGUUUCCAUCGUGGGCAUGGGAGGACUUGGUAAAAUGACUCUUGCUAGGAAAGUAUACAAUGUUACUAAAGUGAAGCAACAUUUCAAUUGUUAUUCUUGGAUCUUCAUAUCUCAGCAAUUCUCCAUCAAGGAUGUUUUGGUUGGAAUCCUGAUAAAUGUUGCAUCUAGUGAGGGUAAAUCAGAGUUCGAAGGGAUGAAUGAGGAAGAGCUGGUUAUAGCACUUCACAGUAGGUUGGAGGAGAAGCGUUACUUGGUGGUUCUUGAUGAUAUUUGGACAACUGAGGCGUUGGAUUGUUUGAAACCUGCUUUCCCAAAGGGUAAGAAAGGAAGCAAAGUUCUAUUCACCACCCGAAAUAGGAUAGUUGCUUCUCAUGCUGAUCCAUGGAGCUCCCCAGUGGAACCACCAUUUUUGACAGAUGAUGAAAGCUGGGAACUUCUCAAUAGGAAAACAUUCCCAAGGGACAUUCAUAUGGAGAAUGGUUGCACAGCAGAAUUUGAGAAAUUGGGCAGGGAAAUGGUGAAAAAAUGCAGAGGAUUGCCAAUUGCAAUUGUUGUACUUGGGGGCUUAUUGGCAACAAAGAAGUCAUUGAAGGAGUGGGAAGUGGUGCAUGGAAGCAUUAAUACACAAUUUGUCAAGUGGGAACAACAUCAUCAAUGUGGAGGAGUGUAUGGAAUAUUAGCUUUGAGCUAUCAUGAUUUGCCUUUCCAUUUGAAACCAUGCUUUCUCUAUCUUUCUCAAUUUCCAGAGGAUUGGGAGUUUCACAAAAGGGAAUUGAUUCCAAUGUGGAUGGCUGAAGGGUUUAUAUUACAAUCGUCAAUGGGAGAAGGAGAAGACACAAUGGAAGAUAAGGGUGAAGAAUAUUUGGAAGAGCUUAUAAGUAGGUGUAUGGUUCAAGUAAGCCAAAGAGAUCACACUGGAAUAGGUGUGAAAACAUGCAGAAUUCAUGAUCUGGUGCGUGGUAUGUGUAUUUCCAAGGCAAGGACUGAGAACUUCCUUGGAGUUAUACAGUACACAGAAGACGCUGCAGCAAACAGUAGCUCCUUCACUCUGCAAUUGACAUCAAGUAAUAAGUGGCGUAGAAUUGCCAUUCAUCCUCGCAUUACUGGGAAAGGUGGAAGCAAAAGUAAGUUCUGUGUACCUUCCUUAAAAAAUGGUGAUUCACAUCUCCGUUCUCUAUUCUAUUUCAUUGAACAUGGUAUGCUUGAUGUAGUGAGACAGAAACUCGGUGGUGGCUUUGAAUAUGGAAGUAGUGGGUAUUAUAUGAGAAGGCAGCAACUAAAGUUUAUUUUUGAGAAUUUUAGGCUGCUAAGAGUUUUAAAAAUUGACUAUAUAUAUCACUACUACAUACCUAUGGAAUUGGGCAUUUGAUUCAUUUGAGAUAUCUUGCACUGAAACAUACUGGAAUGGAUAAUAAAGCAAAGUGCUUGUGUUUGGAGUCAUAACUUUGCCAUUAUCCAUUGGUAAUCUGCGGAGUUUAUAUACCCUUGAUCUACGAAAUACUUAUAUGAUUAUAUUACCUUCUGCAUUAUCAAAAUUAGAAGGCUUAAGACAUCUGUUUGUGGAUCAGACUUCUAUGGGGCAUUUUAGAUUGGAUAAAUUGAGACACCUAGGGACUUUGAGUUGGAUAACUGCAGAGUAUCUAAUUAAAACAGAUGCAGUAUGGAAAUUGACCAAUCUCCAAAAUUUGGCAGUAGAAUUCAUGACAAAAAAGGAAGUUGAGGAGGUUCUAAGGUCUCCUAUUUUUUGAUUAGUCCGUUCCUUGAAGAUGACGAUGAAGAGGGAGAGCAUAGAUUCAUUUCCUAAUUUGGAGCCAUUUUCUGGUCUUCAUUGUCUUACGAAAGUGGACCUAGAAACAUUACACAUUUCUGAGGAUUUAACCCAAAAUCGUUUAGAGUGGAGAAAGCGAAUCCAUGUAGCCGACCCUAAAUUUUUGGGAUAAAGACUUAGUUGAGUUGAGUAUUGUCUUACGAAAGUGCAUUUAAAUGGAGUCAUACCAGAAGAUCCCCAUUCCUUGCAUCACAACUUGGAACACCUACCAGCAAGCCUUGCCAAGUUAACUUUGUGGAAUUCUCAUUUGAAGCGAGAUCCGAUGGGUAUUUUGGAGAAGCUGCCUAAUCUGAGAUUUUUGCAGUUGAAUCAUUCAUAUGAGGGGUCUAAAAUGGUCUGCUCUGCCCAUGGCUUUCCUCAACUUGAGACUCUUAUAUUUGCAAGUUUAUGUGAACUAGAAGAAUGGGAAAUAGAAGAAGGUGCAAUGCCAUAUCUUAUGACUUUACAAUUAAUGAAUCUAAACUAUCUGAUGAUGAUUCCAGAAGGAUUGAAAUCAGUCACCGCCAUUCAAGAAUUGAAAAUUUGUGGGAUAAGAGGAGAAUUGAAAAACAGGGUUCAAGUCACUGAUGGAGUAGAAGGAGAGGAUUUUGACAAGGUGCGCCACAUUUCAUCCAUCUCACUUAUUGAGUGGUAAAGCUGAAAAAACAAUAUUCACAAGAUGGAUGGCUUGCGAGAUCCUAAGGUAGCUUAGGCUUUGGCAUUCAAGUUGGCGUUGGACUGGUUGCGGACUAGAGUUACCCAACGUGUAACGUUUGAGUUGGAUUCCCUACUGCUUGUUCGGGGGCUUCGGGCUGAUGAGGAGGAUGGUUCGUACUUUGUUGUUAUUGUGUAGGAUUGUAAACGUCUAUUAAGAAACUCUAUGCCGGUUUCUAUUGUUCCUAUUGUGUAGGAUUAGAAGAUCAGCGAAUCAUGUGGCUCAUCUUUAGGCUACAUUUUAUUAGGGGAUCUUCCCCUCCUGUUCCUAUUUAUAGUGCUAUUUCUUUUGGAUUUGAUUUAGGGCCUGUUUAGUUUAAUUGUUGAAUAUAGUUGAUAACUGUUAGCUGAUAGUUAGUAGCUGAUAAUAGCUAAUUUAUGUUAA